AGAUGGCAGGCUUGUGGUGAGCAGCGGUCAAGGGAUGAAAAUGGGUAUGCCUACAAGCAGAGUUUAAAAGCAGUUUCUCUUCAAAUGAUCUUUCCUCUCACCUGAUAAACAUCUUGAUUCACCAUGGCAUUAGCAGCAGCAAAAUGGACGAUAUCAAACAGGACUGUCUUGAAACAUUUAAUUCCAAUUCAAAAUGGAGCUUUAUGUUGUGUUAGUCAUAAAUCUACAUAUUCUUGUCUUCCAGAGGACUAUAAUUGCAAGGUAGAGCUGGCUUUGACAUCUGAUGGCAGGACAAUAGUGUGCUACCACCCUUCUGUGGACAUUCCAUACGAACACACCAAACCUAUCCCUCGGCCAGAUCCUGUGCAUAAUGAUGAAGAAACACAUGAUCAAGUGCUGAAAACCAGAUUAGUAGAAAAAGAUGAACACAUUGAGCAAGGACCCAUGAUAGAACAACUUAGCAAAAUGUUCUUUACUACUAAGCACCGUUGGUAUCCUUGUGGACAGUAUCAUAGAUGUCGUAUGAAACUGAAUCCACCAAAAGACAGAUGAUACUGAGGUUUUCAGAAGUCAAAGAGAAAUGUUACCCUGUGUCUCAUUUGCCAUGAGAAAAUGCAAUCGGGUAUAUUCACUAAUAUGUUAUAUAGUACAAUUUCAUAAUUAGAAUGUGUAUUAAGUAAUUCUGGAUUUGACAUUCCUAUUUACAGAAACCUAUUUCAUCUUAUUUUUCUUUUGAGAUAUUAAAGUCUAUAAUUUGUUUUUAUAUGUCUAGUAUGAUAAAGUAUUUUUAUAUUAUAAGCCAAAUAAUAUUAGUACUAUAAAAAUGAUUAAUAAAAAUGUGCAUG